GCUGCGGCGCCGGGACUGGGGCGCAGGCGCGCGCAUGCGCGGCGGGCCGAGGGCGUUCGUUGGCAGGUGUCUGGGUGGGUGGCGGCGGGCGAUGGGACGACCGGCGCUGCUGCUGCUCGCGCUGUGCGCAGCUGGCGCCCGGGGCCUCUAUUUCCACAUCGGCGAGACCGAGAAGCGCUGCUUCAUCGAGGAGAUCCCCGACGAGACCAUGGUCAUCGGGAACUACCGCACCCAGAUGUGGGACAAGCAGAAGGAAGUCUUUCUGCCCUCGACCCCGGGCCUGGGCAUGCAUGUGGAGGUGAAGGAUCCCGAAGGCAAGUUGGUGCUGUCCCGGCAGUAUGGCUCGGAGGGCCGCUUCACCUUUACUUCCCACACUCCUGGUGACCACCAGAUCUGCCUGCAUUCCAACUCCACCAGGAUGUCCCUCUUUGCUGGCGGCAGACUGCGUGUGCACCUAGACAUCCAGGGUGGGGAGCAUGCCAACAACUACCCCGAGAUUGCCGCCAAGGAUAAACUGACAGAACUGCAGCUCCGAGCUCGACAGCUGCUUGAUCAGGUGGAACAGAUCCAGAAGGAGCAGGAUUACCAGAGGUAUCGUGAGGAGCGCUUCCGUCUUACCAGCGAGAGCACCAACCAGAGGGUCCUGUGGUGGUCAAUUGCUCAGACGGUCAUCCUCAUCCUCACUGGAAUCUGGCAGAUGCGUCACCUCAAAAGCUUCUUUGAGGCCAAGAAGCUAGUGUAGUAUCCUCUCCGUCCGAUCCUCCCGUCACAUCAAUUUUUGGUACUUUCCCCACCUGAUAACUUCUCCACCUGGAUUUUGAGGGAAAAAAAUGAAAAAAGACCACAAGCCACAUUGUUUCCAUGGCAACAAAGCAUUCACGUCAGCCACUUGUGCACACUGGUUCUCAAGGACCCAGGACGUUGGUCUGAGUUUCCAAAGGUCCAUUUGGGGUCUGUUUGGAGUCGGAACUGACCCGGGACUUAGUCUUGGGUCUUUUAUAUCCAGGGAUUCCCCCCCAUCCUGGCACAAAAAGAGCAAGUGAAAAAGUGUCUGCUACCCCUUUAAUUUCUCUCUUUCUAUUUCUGCAGUAGGCAGCUGAAACACCCGGCCAGGGGCGGCCCUGCCUCCCUAUUCCCUUGUUAGUCCUGGGUUUGCUCAGUGGCUUUGUGAAUGUAAAUAAGGGGCAGAGGCCUCAGAGAAUUGCAAUGUUUUUCUAUAUAUUAGAACUAUUUUUUGAUAAAUUAUAUAUAUUUUACUUCCUAGUUGAAGUGUUCCUGCCUGUGUUUGACUAGGUGAAAACACCCAUGCAGCUUCCCCUACGCUGUUUCUCCGAACAGUUUUAAGGGCCGCAGCAGCUCACAGACAUAGGUGCUCUCACGGCCUCCCCAGGCGGCCGGGCAGAGACUUCCCUGAGGCACCCGCAAUUUCCAUCACGCAGGGUCUCUGAGAGUGAGGCAGUCACAGAGCUAGCACCGGCGGGGCCCUCCUACCCUCUUCUUUUCACUUUGAUUUAAGCCGUGGUAAAUGUUUUUUUCGCAGGAGCCACGUUUGGUUCUUCACACAGAUUUUUCCAGUGAAAUAAAAUGUGUUGUAGUA